AUGCCUCCCAAAGCUGCCGACAAGAAGCCCGCCGCCAAGGCCCCCUCAACCGCCAGCAAGGCUCCCGAGAAGAAGGACGCUGGCAAGAAGACCGCCGCCUCUGGCGAGAAGAAGAAGCGGUCAAAGACUCGCAAGGAGACCUACAGCUCCUACAUCUACAAGGUCCUCAAGCAGGUCCACCCUGACACCGGUAUUUCCAACCGUGCCAUGUCCAUCCUCAACUCGUUCGUCAACGAUAUCUUCGAGCGCGUUGCCACCGAGGCUUCCAAGCUGGCUGCCUACAACAAGAAGUCCACAAUCUCUUCCCGAGAGAUCCAGACAUCUGUCCGAUUGAUCCUGCCGGGUGAAUUGGCCAAGCACGCCGUCUCUGAGGGCACCAAGGCCGUCACCAAGUACUCUUCAUCCACGAAAUAA